GUGUCGCUCUUGGCACCUUCCUGGUGCUCAGAAGUUGUGGUGGAAGUUAACUUCAGGUCUGUCUCAUGAACUUAGUCCAUUUAAAAAGUGUGACAUAGAGAUGAGUGGACAGACGGUCCCCGCGGACUUCUCGGGACACAUGUUGGACCUGGACGAGGACGAAGACCUGGAGGUCUUCAGCAAGAACACUUCCCUGGCAGAUGGAGGUCCCAUGCCCAACUCUCCCAGUUCCAUGGUCAACCAGUACAGACUGGAGGAGGAUGAAGAGGAGCAAGAGGAGCAGCAUCAGCAGCAGCAACAGGACGCUCACACCAAAGACAUCUUCAUCACAGUUGAUAACCCCGAGAGCCAUGUCACUGCCAUUGAAACCUUCAUCAUGUACAGAGUCUUGACCAAGACCACAUGCAGCGAGUUUGACUCCAGUGAGUAUGAGGUACGCCGGCGCUACCAGGACUUCCUGUGGCUCCGAAGCAGACUGGAAGAAAACCACCCAACACUCAUCGUCCAUCCACUGCCCGAGAAGUUUGUGAUGAAAGGCAUGGUGGAGCGCUUCAACGAUGACUUCAUCGAGACCAGGAGGAAAGCUCUGCAUCGCUUCCUCAACAAGAUCUCGGAGCAUCCCAUACUCUCCUACAGCCCACACUUCAAAGUCUUCCUCACAGCACAGGAGUUGUCGUCUCACAGGAAGCAGGGUCCAGGUUUUCUAAGCAGGAUGGGGGAGACGGUGAAGGCGAUGGCCAACUCGGUACGAGGCCUGAGGAGUCGACCGGAGGAGUUCACUGUGAUGCAGGAAUAUGUUGAGGACUUCAGUAACAAGAUCUGCUCCGUGGACAAAGUCACGCAGAGGAUCAUCAAAGAACAGAGAGAGUAUCUGGAUGAACUUAAACAGUACACCCCCACCUACACCCAGUGGGCGGAGUCGGAGGAGGAGCUAGCAGAUCAACUGAAGGGCGUGGCCAGCUGUGCGGAGCGUUGUAGUAAGGAAACAGAAGAGCACAUCCACCAUAUGUCUGAGGUCCUUGUUCCUGCCCUGCACGAGUACGUUCUCUGUUCUGAGACGGUGAAGGCUGUGAUGAGACGGAGAGACAACAUCCAGGCGGACUAUGAAGCCAAGAACGAAGCCCUCGCAUCCAGAAAAGUCGACCAAGAAGCACUACAGGAGGAGGUGGACGGUCUGGCAGACCGGGUGGAACAGGCUAACAACGCCUUGAAGGGAGACUGGUCCCGCUGGCAGGACAACAUGAGAACCGACCUCAGGUCCGCAUUUGUAUGCACUGCUGAGAAGAACGUGGAGUACUACGAGAAGUGCCUGGCUGUGUGGGAGUCGUUCCUGCUUUCUCAGAAUCCAGAGGCAAGGGAGCAGGGAGACAUUGAAGAUGCCUCUUAAAGCUCAGAGAUGAUCGCAAAGUGAAGAUCGCCUCCUGGCCGUACAGUUCUCCCUCUAUUGUCUUUCCAUCACAGCAAAAAUAUAGACUUUCAACAGAUGCAAACAUGCAUCAUAUGAAAAACAACACACUUGGUCUAUGCAUAUUUUUUAUUGUCUCUUCAUUGUUGGUCCGGCCAAAGAAGUAAGUAACAUUCCAGUGAUCACUAAAACCAACCCUGUGGUCCAAAUGUCCACAUAUCAGAGUUGAAAGGUCUCUGUGUACAUUGCCAAAAACGAAGAAAAAAAGAACUCCUGGCUUUGUUAGCGACACUGCAGUUUAAACUUAACAGAAUUCAAAACCUAUUAUGGAUGUGGAUGACACUCGUAAACCUCAGUGUCAGCAUAUUAUUAACUCAAUAAUAAUAAAAAGUUUGUACAACUACCAAGAAAGUUUGCUGCGUUUCAAAUUGUUGCAGACUUAGCUACAUUACAAAGACAACAAAUCUGAAGGUACUUGAUAACUUUCCAUUCAGUGAGGCAGCUGAGGAAGCCAAUUUAAAUGACAGAAAUUACAAUUUGUCAAUGUGUUUGAGGAUUAGUCUUUCUGAUUUUGUUUUAACUAGGUUGAACUAAUUAUCCACAAACAGAGACUUGAGGUUGGACAUAGCUUCUCCGGCAGCUUGCUGGAUCAGAUACAAUGGCUCUGAAACAUUUGACUGAUACUGGCAUAACUUUUUUAACAAACAUUCACCAACAAAUAUAAAAGCAUUUCAACCAUAA